AUCUUUAUGUGCAAUUAAUCAUGUGAAGUUGCAACACUAAAUUAAAACGUCAAAAAAUUUACAAAAAAAAAGCCGGAAAGGCUCUUAUUUUAUUGUUAUUUGUUUAUUUAUUAUUUUUUAUUAGUCAAUCGUUUUAUAUUUAUAUAUGUAGCGUUAUCUAGUCUUGUUGCCGUAGACCUGAAGUUCAGAUAGUGACAGUUUUAUUGUGCCAUAAAAUAAGAAUUGAAGUACAGGUCUUUGUGUUUGUGAAUACGAAACCUUGAUAAAUCAGCGAAUUUACAUAAAGAAUACAAUUCGAAAUAACAUUUUGCAUAUAUUUACCGAAACUUCUAGAUAAUUCGACAUCGAAAAUGUGGUUUUAAUAUCGACACAUUCAAAUAAAAUUCAUCACAAAAAAAACAGGAAAAUUGGGGGGAAUCUCAUAGUAACAUGUUCGCAUUGAAAAGAAAAUGUAUCUAAAUAUAUUGGAUGUAAAUGAAACUGAUGACAGCGUGCCUAGAAGUGCUCCAAGACGGGUUUUUUACACAAAAUGUCGACAUUACAAGGUACUCAAGAGUCAUGGGCGAUUACAGGCGAGAGACUUGAUUCAAAAUACGAAAAAUGCCUGAAUAUAACUCAAGAAAUAUACAAAAGAAUAAACAUCACCUUUCAGAUCAAGAAAUUAGAGGCACAGAGUGAUUUAUCAAAUUAUAGUGAUCAAAUAGACAGCAAUGAGUUAAGUAACGGUACAGAUCUGUUUGCUUGCGAUAAGACCAGCAUAUCAAGCAGUACAGAUGCGGAGAGACCACAGGCAUCAUGCGAGAAAUACAUCAAUAUCAAUAAUAAUGAGGAGACUAACAAGAAACCUAUUAUUGCUCAGCGUAGACCGCGUAAGAGAUUUAGGAAGCGAGUAAAGAAGCGUCAGUCAAGACCUCAUCACAUCGAUACAGAUGGCUCCAGUGAUGAAGCGCCUUUGAGUCGCAUCGUUGAGACAGACAUGAGCAUAAAAGCUAAUCAAGUCGACUCCCCGCAUAAUGUUAUGGGUGUGCCCAACAUAGUCAUUGUAGCCAGCUUAAAACCAAAACUGUAUACACCGGAAAAGAAACACAACAAAAGGGAAACCACAGAUAAUGCUCAAUGUACAGAUAGUAAAACGUCCACCAUAGACACGAAGGCUGAGGAUCAUAGAGAAGUGAACAUCAAAAAUGAAAAUAUAAUGGAAAUGAAAAAUUGUUCUCUAUGCGGUCUGUUAUUUAGAGGCGAAAGAGGUCUAAGGCGGCACAUGUCAAUGUCUCAUAUAUUGACCCCCAGUCAAGAGAUUCGAAGGACCCGUUAACAACGAGACUUGCUCACGGAACGGCAAAAAUUUUGCCAGUCAUCAAAAUUUCGAAGACACUAAAAAAGUUGUUGUCUAUGGUAACUUUGGAUGUCGUGAUUAGUUUCUUAAUCGCGGAUGUGAGUUGUUUUUCUGUUCGUAACAAAUUUAGAAGUUUUUUUUAGUUUUUAAAAGAUUUAUCUUGCGACCAUAGAUAGUAAAUUUUUAUAAAUUUUUGGUCACACAAAAAUGGCAAUACUUUUAUUUUAUUUUAUCAUAAUGUCUUCUUAUAAGUUACUAGUUUAAUAAAGGCUAGCGAAAGUUUUUGGUGGUUAUUAAAAGGUAUAGAUAGAUAUAUAUAUAAAAAGAAGAAAAGAAUUAUUAGACAAGGAAUGUUGAAUGUUGGGUAUUGUGCGGUGCUUGGUCCGGUGUUGCCAUAUUUUGAGAAUUCUACAAGGGUGCUAUAAUUUUUAUCCCAAUCGUCCAGAAAUUAGGGUAAUAUUUAAUUGAGGUGUUUUGUUGACUACGUUUUUUUUUUAUUGGCUUUAUGGUUUAUAGUGGUGAUUUCCAUUUGUCUAACUGAGUCAUACCCUAACGUAUAUAAAUUGGUAAAAAAAAAAUACAUACGUGAGUGUUGGAAAAAUUCAUUGAGUCGAAACUUGAUGCAUAAAAUUAUAUGCAAUUGCAAAUAACGUGAAUUGAAUUUUACGAUUUGGGUUUCAAAGUGAUGUCCAAAAAAAAACUAUGUUAACUGAUUAUUAAAAAAAAAGAACUUAAACAUGGCAACACCGUUCGAAGCAAAUCGGGUCAAUGUAUCUGUGAUCAGAACGGAAUGUGAUGAUAGGUUAAGUGAUGUGGUGUGCGGUGAAAGCUACUGUAAGCGGUCGUUUCUUCAAAAGCUACCUUCAGACACAGCCUACUGAGUUUCUCGCCGGAUCUUCUCAGUGGGUCGCUUUUCCGAUCCGGUGGUAGAUUCUGCGAAGCACUGCUCUUGCUAAGGCUAGUGUUAGCAACGUCGUCAGGUUAGAGCCCCGCGAGCUCACUAAAAUAGGUAAAAAAAUCUUUUUUUUUUUUUUUUUUUUCAAUUUAAACUGCUUUUGUUCUGUGUCUUCUUAGGGUUAAAGAAUUUGUCCAUAUUACCUACUGGUGCUUCUAUGAUUAUUAGUGGUGCGUUUCCAAAAAUUUCGCCCCCAAACAUAUGGGAGGGGUGAAAGUUUUGAGUGACAUUUCGCUUUACACGCGACAUUUUUCUUUGUAAUUAAAGGUCCUUUUUAUUUGGUAUCAGCAUCAACAGUUCGAUGUUUUUAAUUGAACUUCAAUUAAGUUUAUUCCAUUUAAAUAGUUGAAGUAGUUUUUUUUUUUAUAACGUUAGGCAGCGGCUUAGCUCUGCAUUGCUGAAGUCCAUGGAUGACGGUAACCACUCGUCUGCCUACAAGGGCAAUAAAAGAAAAUAUAUUUUUUCCAAAUGUUUAAGCUUAUAGCUCUCCUGUAAAGUUGCAAAAAUGUUGCUUAAAUCUAAUAGCUUUUUACCCCUCGAAUUUAUAGCUAAAUAGAGGUAAUUUGAAAUUUGAAGAAGCGAUCGUUUUUACGGUACAACAGAGAAAUGUCUUAGACCGCUUCGGCCGGAUGUUUAGUACAAAAUUAAUUAACUAUUUAAAAAGAAAGAAAAAAAAACGUUUUUUAUUCGGGAAAAAGUUGUCUAUGUUUUAAGAUUUUCGAGAAAAGAAGAAAAAAAAAGAACUUUCGUAUAUCUAGUUUAUAAGGAAAAAGAAAUUUUAAAUUUUUUUAAAUCUUUCAAUGUGGCCAUUCGUAUUUUUACCACUAUCGAGUUUAUGAAGUUAUUUAAAUAGAAAAAAAAAACAUUUCUAAUCUUAACUCGUUACUUACCAAUUGGAAAUAUCACUAGUUUGUAAUAUAAGAAACAUCUUCAUUGCAUUUGAGUCCGUUGCAAAAAAAAGAAAAAAUCAUAGACAUUGGCUUAAACUAGGGCUGUCCACAGAUUAUUUAGAGACAAAAAAUAUGCUAUAUUAAUAAUAGCUCUAUAAAUGCAGGUUGUCUCAAAAAUAUUUUGAUUCAUUCAUUCAUCUCAGCCUGAACAUAGGCCUCUCCAACUGAUGUCCAAUGGGAUCGGUCCAAUGCCAACGUGACCCAGCGAUCCUCGCCAGGUCCAUCUAGUAGGUGGCCGUCCCAAUACGUGGUCUCCACACGGGGAUCUUUCUGCCUCAUCAGCCGUCCGAUCUUCACGCUAUGUGGCCUGCCCUCUGCCACUUCAGCUUGCUAAUCCUAAGGGCUAUGUCAACAACUUUGGUUCAUCUACGGAUCUCCUCAUUCCUGAUCCGGUGUCGUAGAGAAAUACCAAGCAUAACCCUCUCCAUAGCUCGCAUACACUAAGCUUAUACAAAAGGUAUAAUCAACCCAAAACUGCAGAUAGCGUUCUGUUAGAAUAAACGAUAAAAAAAUUUAUCCCACAUAAAUAAUUUCUGAAUGAAAAUAUAUUAGGAACAUUACGAAAAAUAUAUUCUUUUGACAGCCCUAGAAUUGUGUCUUGACACAAAGACGCGGCUUUUUGUAUGCGCUCUGUAUUCAGACAGCCCUGACCUGCAAUAUAAUUGAUUAAGCCGGCCAUCUUGUUCUUGGUUAGACGUGGUGUUGCAAUAUUAAAAAAAAUAUAUAUUUAAAAUAUAAAAAUCGUUUAACCGACUUUGAAAAAGGAAAGGUUGUCAAUUCUUUUUAAGCUAAUAGGUAUUAAGUAAAAAAAAUCUGCUUCUUAAAUACGGAAAUGGCUUAUUAUCAUUAGGGCGACGGCACAUGUUUUGUUGUUAUUUUAAUAUCGGUAUAUUUCUGUUUAUGUUAGAUAAUUUAAAAAAUGGCGAUACACACAACUAUAGUGCGAUAAAAACGUGAUGUAGAUUGCGGUGUUAAAAAGGUUACCCUCUUUCGGCAGUAGGGUAAAAUUUGACAGCUGACAUCUAUCAAUAAUUUUGGUGUGGAACGCCAGACGUAUAGAGUUAAUGGCGUGUGAUUUUCUUUUUAUUUUCAAAUAUGGUGCUAAGAUUACUUUAAAAGCUAAGUAUAUUUAUUCGGAUGUGUUUUUUUUUGUUUUUUUUUUUCGUAUAUUUGUGAAAGAUCUUGGGCGCUAGUCAAAAAGUUUUUUUUUUUGUUUCGUUCAAAAACGUUCCUAUGUUUUGAGUUUUAUUUGCGUAUAAGGUUAUAUUGUAUUACGCGAUAGUUGAACCGUGUUCUUGCCAGUUCAAAAAAAAAAUAGCUGGAUUAUUUUGGUUUUUUUAAUUAUCGAAAUGACACUAGUUUCAUUCGACGUUAAGAAAGUACCUAAUAUUUUUAAUUCAUAAUAUAGAAAAUGCUUGUUUUUUCGCUUCGGUAUAAUCGACGGGUGAUUUAUGGCGCCCGCGUAAUUUCAACACAGAAUAUGUAACAAGAGGGCGUUAAUAAAAAUAAAAAAAACCCGCCAAAUAUUCGUCUAAACUAAAUUCAAAAUAAACAGUUUUAAACAGCAAACCGAAAUUAACAAUUAAAUUUCAUAUUCUGUUAUGCUGUCGGUACCGAAUAUUGGAGCGAAGCCAUAAAAGUUGUUGCAGCGUCAUCGGUACUUGAUGCGAAUUUUCAUGUAAAUCUGACGGCUUGAAGUCGAUGAGAAUGACUUGACAUAAAAGGCUAAUAAAAGCGUCUCAAAAUAAAUAUAUUUAAAAAGCUAUAUUUGGCACGGAGUGUCAUACAGUCAGAGUAUAGAGGGCGCGCGAGGUGAAUGACCCCGUUAGUCUUGUUGGCCUUCGAAGUGUGAUUUUAAAAUGAAUCAUGAGAGUGAGAGAGAGAUAGAUGGAGAUAGAGAGAGAUAGAGGGAAAGAGUAUUAUUUAUUGUACAUCAAAAAAAAAAACAAUGCGAAUCAUUAAAUACAAAAAAAAGUACAAUUGGCGGUCGUAUUGGAGCAGUAAUGCGUUUCGGUUUGAAGGGUGGGGCAGCCGUUGUACCUAACUAUACUGAGAGAUUAAAAUUAUGAAUUAUAUCUCAAGGUGGGUGGCGGCAUUUACAUUGCAGAUGUCUAUGGGCUCUGGUCUACUCAGAUGGGCUGUGAGCUCGUCCACCCAUCCAAGCAAUAAAAAAAAAGCGCCUAACCUUGCCUUCUAUUGUUUGUUAAUGUAUGUUUUAGUUUUAUAGGUCUCUUGGAAAAACGAUUCAUUCUCAGUAUCGUUCGGAUUCGUCUUUCCUACAGUCUAUUACAUAUUCCGGCGCCUUAGUCUGUUACUAAAUCGACAUAAUUACUUCAGUGCGCCGCGUAGGGCACCGGUGACCUACACGGCAGUCGAAGUUUAUUUUUUGCGAUUUCUGCUUCAAUGAGUCCGUCUUCUUAACGUUAGACAGAUAUAUCUGAAUAUAAUGCUGUGCUAGGAAUGGUGUAAUAUUAAUAGACCAGUUUUUGGACGCCAUUGCAGCGCGCGCGACGGAAGUCGCGAUGCCAUAAAUAAACGUUUUAAAAUAAUUUUUUUUGUCUGAUCGUGUACUUCCGUCGUGGUAAUUGUUUGUAUCAAGGGGUGAAAAGCUAUUUUGUUUAAGUGAUAUUUUGCAACUUAACAGGAGAGCCAUUUGGUAUUUAAAUUCUGAAAAUAUAUCUUCUAACAAAAAUAAGUUCUUCAGAUAUUCGAAAUGGGUUAACGUGAUUGAAGUUCAAUUAAAAACAUCGAACUGUUAAUGCUGAUACCAAAUAAAACGGACCUUUAAUUACAGAGAUAUAUGUCGCGUGUUAAGCGAGAUGUCAUGUAAACCAAAUCGCUUUUCACCCAUCAAUAUUAUUAUAAAUUUUUUUAAAUUCAAUUUGGAACAAUAACAUGUACCCUUGGUCUUGAAUUAAAUUUGAUCUCUAUAAAGUGUGUCAUUUCGAUGUGCGAAUGCAAUAUAAUGUGUUGCCAUAUAUUUAAGUCGUUUUUUUUUAAAUUACAGCUACAUUUUAAGGACUUUAUCUGUUGUAUGUUCGAUUUAAGGCUUUUAUGUUUUAUCUCGAAACUUCUAUACGCUCACGAGCAGGAUAGCGUAUAACUAUUUUAAUGCUCAAUUAAAUUAAUACGACAAGUGUCUUUUCCGUUUGAGAAUUUCACGCGAGAAAAGUACAGACUAUAUUUGGAUUAUGUAAUAGAUUGGUUCGUUCGAAAAACGAUUAUCGCCACUAACGGCGACUCCUGGGGCAUAGCCCGACCCAUUCCACUCAUGAUAUAGUAUUCCAAGAGGUUUUGUUGAAUACAAAAGAAUAUAGUUUCCGGAAAGCCUUCAACCUUUUUUUUGAUUUCGAAAUAAAAUAUAUUAUCUGCGCUGUCAAAAUGACAUUUUUUUUUGGCGGUAAAAAUAUAUUCUGUACUGUCAAAAUUACAAUUUAGCAAUGAAAAAAAGGUGUUUUUGAAAUUCGAUUCUGUUACCCGCGCUCGGAAUUGUCAAACGAAAGAGACUCGAAAUAUCUAUAUAUGAUAAUUGUGUAAGUUAAUUUCAAUACUUCGUACUUCGGAGUAAGCACUUGUGUUCUGUAUAGAAUUAAAUUGAAUUGUUCUUAGAAUGAAGAUUUUACGUUUAAUAAUAAAUGUUUAUAAAAAUUAAAGAUGGCUAGUCAA